UCCAGACAAAUGAUGAGUCCUGCACAGCUAUCAUGCCUCUGCAAGAUUAUUUUGCUCCUUUUCUUCUUAUACCAUGGAGAUUCACAGACAAACCUGGGCAUGGAUGUCGAUAUGGAUUUUGAUAUGGAUGUAGACAUGGAUCCUAAUAAGAUGGAUAUAGACAUGGAUCCUAAUGAGAUGGAUAUAGACAUAUAUCCUAAUGACAACAAUCACAAUAGUGAGCUGCAGGUUUACUAUGUAUUAGGACCUGAAGGGUGCCUACAAAAAGACAAGGCAUUUAAAAAUUUCUAUGAAAAAUAUUUUACAAAAAAAAAGAACAUGAAAAUAAAUGUAGUCCUUCUACAAGCAAUUCGGCAUGAAGAUGGGUCUUAUACCCCAAAGAUCAUUAUUCCUGAUCAAAAUACAGAAAAUGUUGCAAAACAUCAACUGGCAACUGCAAAAAACAUAAAAAUUAUCACAGUGGGUCAUGGAGGAUAUGGUGUUCCAGGAGGAAGAGAUGUAAACGUUCCUUUGGAAUACAGUAUUAAUUCCAUGUCAGCAGAGACAUUAGCAAAAGCUGUCAGCAAAAUAAAAUUUGAUUUUCAUUUGGAUAAUAAUGCAGAAAUACAUAUGCGUUGCAUAAAUUGCAAUGCUGGAAGAUGGACUGCACAAAAGUACAUGUCAGAGUUUCUCACUAAAGUAAACAGUUUAGGAGUCAACAUUGAGACAGUAGUGUCAUACAGAACAUUUGUUUAUACAGCAGAAGAAUUUAAUGUAGGAAUACCUCAUGCGGAUGAUAAACAAGCAGAGUUUAUUGCACAGCUUUCAAGCAAUGUGUAUGAAAAAACAAGAAAAGACAUAACUGAUUAUUUGAUUGAAGAGUUAUUUCAACCACAAAAUAAUAAAGUAACAAAUGGCAUGAAAGUAAAAUAUAAUUAUAAAAAUGGCGUUGUAGAACGUGAAGUUGUCAUAUUGGGCAACAGACAAGAUACAGCUUCGAGAGACUUAGUUAGUGACAUUAUACUAGAAAGUGAUAAUCGUCAAGUAACUUCUGACAUUGAAGAACGGUUUGUGAAACAGGUAACUUGUGCCACAUAUGGGAGGAGAAGAAGGAGAAGGAAUCUGUGUGACAUUCAAAGAAAAUAUAACGACAAUGAAUUCACUCUGGAUGAGACAUCACUGAGGGUAAAAGAGGGCAAACUUAUUGGUCGUAUGGUUAGUAAAAUUAAUUCAGAUGAAAGUCAUCUUAUUUCUGUACCUGUAGAUGAAUCUAAACUACUUUAUACAAAGCAAAUCCAAGAAGACUUAAACUAUGUCAAAUACAACAGAAACAAUGCCCUGCAGAAACUGAAUCGAGCCAUGGCGAUUCAAGGAAUUGCAUUUGGGUUCCUCGCCGCAGGAAAAUAUUUGCAUGAUAAUAAUACAACAAGAGGUAUUGUUACUCUAUCACAAUCCCUACAUGGGCUUGGUGAACUAUCAGGGAUCAAUCAGAAAGUAACCACAAUGUCCAGAAAAGUUCUUCAAAAUGCAAUCCAGAAAAGUGCACAGACACUAGGUAUGGAAAAAGCAAUAGGGAAAAUUGGAAACUCUGUGGAAAAGCUGGGAACAACUGCUACUGGUAAAUUCCUUAAAUCAGUUCCUUUCAUCAAUAUGGGGUUUAACUUCUAUUUUAUAGCAGAAGACUCCACUGAAAUACAGAACAGCAAUAAUACAGACCCUGAACAAAGGAAAUAUUUUGGCUUGAAAGUAACUGAACUUGUCUUAGAUGUUACCACAACGGCAUUAUCCCUAACAGAACUUGCUUUUCCACCUGCUGCAUUAUUCUUAGAACCUGUUAUUAUUGGUUUAUCUAUAGUUAGAAUGUCUAUUGGAGACUUCUAUUGUGAUAUUGUGAGUGAACUGGACAAGUUGCCCAAAAAUGCCAAUAAUGUGCAAAAAAUGAAAGCCUUUCUAAAUGGAUUGAAAAAUGGUGCACUAGAUUUUGGAACUGGAGGAUUACGUAGGGAGAUGUCUGAAAUUAAAAACCAAUAUGAGGAAAACCAAGAGCUACUUCAAAAUCUAUCCAUUCCUGACUCAUAUUACAAAAUUACAGCAACGGAUAGUAACUUUGAUACAAUAGACUUCAUUGAAGGAAUUUUGUCACAGUAUGGAGGCCUGAUAACACUGAACCUUUUUAAUGAUGGAAACAUUUCUAUAUCAAUAGGAGGAGUUCCUGAUGGGCAUGGAGGAGUUAAGACAAUUGUAAAAACAUUUUACAAUCCUAAGAUAAAAAAUAUUGUUCUAGGAAUAGGUGAAUCAAUACAAUUUAUGUACAAGAAAAAAUCUGCUCAUCUCUGGUGGAUCAUACCUGUGAAAUCUUGGGAUAUAUUUUGUGGAGAAAUCAAGCAACAUUAUUCUAUUUUUGGUACCUACUAUGGAAAUGAUAAGGCCAAUACAUUUAUUGCCCCUCAGCAAGUACCUUCAUAUGCUUCUAGAAUUAAAACUAAUGAAUGUUCCAGUAGUAAUCCAGACUUGAUGUAUGUCUCAAAAAAUUAUCAUUAUACUAUCUAUGGUCAUGGAGGUGAUGACAGCUUCUUCUUAGGGCCACAGAACUCCAUUCUAGAAGGGGGAGAUGGUAAUGACCUUUAUGUUUUCCCUACUACUGGUACCACUGCAGAAAUAGAUAACUUUUCCCAUGAUAUGCACAAUGAUCUAUUGUUAAUCAAAGCACCUUUUAGUCAUAUUGAGUGCAAAAGAGACCAUUCAGAUCUUGUGAUCAUUUAUGGAAAAGAGCACAAACUCAAAAUCAGGAAUUGGUUUACUAGCACAAAUGUUAAUUACUAUCGACAUAUGACCUUCCAGUCUUCUGAUGGUGUUCUAUUUACUGCAGAAGACCAAGGACUAAGAAAGGGCAAAUUUCACACAAUAUGUAUUCCAGAAACUCUAGACAAAACAAAGUCAGUUAGUCCUGUGAAACUGUGUCUUUCAGGCGAGUAUGAAACAGUCACCAAAGUAAUUGGAUCCAACUUUAGUGAUACAAUAACUGGUAACAAUAAAAAUAAUGUUCUCAAUGGUGGUCCUGGGGCAGACAGACUAGAAGGAGGACCUGGUGCUGAUACAUACGAUGUUUACUCUGGGGAAGGCUGUGAUACUAUAACAAAUUUUGCUACGGAUGAUAUGCUAGAUGUUGUCUUCUUUCAUGUACCUUUUAAUCAAAUCAGUUUUGUUUUGUUGGAUAAAAUUCACCUUCAGCUUUCUGAUAUUAGUGACCCAAUUAAAACAUGUGUAACGUUAGAGGACUGGGGUAAGAACAGCAGUUUCCAACACGUAGCAUUUACAAGCUCAGAUCAUGUGACCUUCCACAUAUCUGAAGACAAAAACUCAGGGAUUAUUAUUACUCCACUGACCAUAGACUUCAGUAUGCAUGAGCAGGGUAUCACCAUUGACUUGUCUGCUGGUGACAAACGUUUAGAAAGCGUUGUAACAAUUUUUGAUUCUCCAUAUGAUGAUCAUAUCAUUAGUAAUAAUUUUGGAAAUUUUCUCAGCUGCUCUGGUGGAACAGAUUAUUUAGAAGGGCGGGAUGGCAUGGACAAAUAUGUAUUCAAGGAUGAUUGUAAAGGAUUGGUAAUUAAUAAUUUUGCUAAAGAUAAAGUCACUGAUGUUUUAUUUGUACAACAAAAAUGGAAGGAUCUUAAAGCUGAACAGAGAAAUGCAGAUAUAAUAAUAAAGCAUUUAGAUUUACAAACAACAAUUACUCUCUUAAACUGGUCACUAGGAGAAGAUUAUCAACAUUUAGUGCUACAGUCCAGUGAUGGCAUUAUUGCAACCUUGGCCCCAAAUGCUUCUGAAAAUGACAUAAUAAUACCAUUUGAAAUCAGUCUUAAUAAUGACACAUGUAAAGAUAAAUAUAUGAUCUAUGAUUUGCUGAAAGAACCUUGGAUUAAAGUGGAACGGUUUCAAGCUAAGUCAAGCGAAUGCUCUUAUUCUGUAAUUGGAAAUGGGAUGAAUAAUUUUAUUGACCCUGGGAUUGGAAAUGCAUACAAAUACCAGUACCUGGAAGGCGGCAGUGGGACUGAUACAUAUGUCAUUGGUCACGGCUAUGGAUACGAGAAUGAAAUUAACAAUAAGGCCUACGAUGGCCAGAUGGAUAACUUAUUUCUACACAUCCUAUAUAAAGACAUUACAGUGCUGCUAGAGCAUCCACACAUUGUUUUAACAUCUAUUUCUAGGAAUGACUCGGUUGGUGUCCGGCUGCUGAACUAUUCUUUAGGGGCAGAAUACCAACACCUCAUUGUGCAUUCUUUGGAUGGGUUCUUAUUCCAAAUUGACAACAGCAUGUACCCUUAUAAGUCUGUUCAAAAGGUUUACAGUGAGUCUGUUGAAAUGAGCUGUAAUUUCUCCUUUGCCAAUGGAGAUGAAUUUGCCAAUGUUUCACAUAUUUAUGGAUCAAAAUCUCACAGCAACUUCAUCACAGGAAGUCCAAGUAGUACAUCCAUCUUAGGGGGCAAUAUGGAUGACUAUCUGCAGGGCAACAGAGGAAGUGAAAAGAUAGAAGGCCUAGAUGGUAAUGACAUUAUAAUUGCUAAAGAUGGAAAUGACAUUAUAUAUGGUGGAGAAGGUGACGAUGACAUUUCAGGUGGUGAUGGAGAUGACCUUCUUUACCCUGGUAAUGGAGCAGAUAGGAUUGAUGGAGGUGCUGGUUCUGAUACCAUUUUUUUCAGUGGAGAUAUAAAGUUAUCCAUUGGUGUCAAAGUAGAUUUAAAGACAGGAAGGGGUUACAGGGCAGAUGCCAGUGGUGAUGUGUACAAAAAUGUAGAAAAUGUACAUGGGACUCAAUUUAAUGAUCUCCUAAGAGGGAGCAGUGAAGACAAUGAACUCAUUGGUCAUUUUGGUAAUGAUACUCUAGUUCCUGAUGAUGGAGAUGAUAUUUUACAUGGAGGACCUGGAAAUGAUAUAUAUAUCUUAGACAACAGUCAUGGCAUAAAACAUAUUCAGAACUUUGCUACAGAUGAAGCGUUGGAUUAUAUAUAUGUCAGAAACUGGUCUCCACAUGAUAUGUGCUUUUUUGUCCAAAAUGAUGAUCUGAUAAUUUCACUGAAAAAUGAAAAUCCUAUCUUGGAGCUCACUGGUGAAAAUUUGCUGAUCAUUGUCUUGGAAAAUUGGAGUACUAACCACUCUUAUAACCAACAUAUGGAUUUUGUCUUUGGAAACAUGACAAUUAUACAUUCUGAUUAUUUUAACUUGGCAAAUGAUAUAACAGCUUCUAUUAAAACCCACAAUAUUACAGAACCAACAGUAUACCUGAAACGCCUUAAUAAUUCUUCAGUUGAGGUAAGCAUAAAAACAAGUGAUUAUAGAGCCAUGCCUAACUCAUCCUAUGCACUAAUGGUGACAAGUGAUUUAUUUGAAGAGUACAGUUUCCCAGUAGGUGACUCUAUCAGGAUUAAUGGACUUCUUUCUGGAGUGCUGUAUGCUUUUCAGCCAUACUUGGUGAAGUGUGGCAUUCCCAUUAUAUAUUUUAAUAAGACUGAACUCAGAACAAUACCCAGCCCUCCAUCAUUUCUUACAAUAGUUCAUAUUACCCACAAUACCAUCUGGGUAAGAUGGUCAACUCCAUCCAAGCACAUGGAUCCCCAAAGUGACAGUUAUUCAUACAUGCUUCACAUAAUGAAAUACAAUGACAGUGCAGAGGCUACAUUCACUACCAAUGAAACGCAUUUGGAAAUACAUAACUUGCAGCCAAAAUCAGUGUACUUAAUAAAUAUAUGUGCUCAAACUGGGGAUGCCAAAAGUAGAUAUGUUUCAUUUCCUGAAAUAAAAACUAAAAACAUAUGUACAGACUUUGCUGCACCUGAAGGAACCAUUGUCAUAGAUGAAAAGAUAACUCGAAAUAGAGCUCUUGCUGUGAUCGAAUGCUCAGAUGGUUACUAUCUUGCUGCAGAUUCUGAAAUCCCCUGUGAAGAACAGCAUCCUGAAAUCAGCCCACCUUGCCUGCCCAAGAACUGCACCACUGGUACUGGAGUGGUUUUACAUAAUGAGUUAUUUGUAACAGAAUGCCUUGGAUACAGCUUUAGAAGCAUCUGCAAAUUUGGCAACUUAGAUCCGCCACAGCCUGCCUGUUGUCCUUCUUUGCCCAAAAUCAAUAAUGCCUGGUCACAAACUGAAAAGCACCCAGAUUCAAUUCAUCUUAACUACCACUGUACGUUUGGAUAUGCUGUUGAAGGAAGACAUUCUUUUGAAUGCAUAUUAAAUAAAGGAAUAUGGGUACCAUUUCCUGCAUUUAUUAUGCAUUGUGUUCCAAUUUUAUGUCCAGCAGUACCUUUGGUCUCCCAUGGCAAAUACAGGUCAAUGGAAAAUAUUGCCCAGUACAAACAUGGGGAUGCAUUACAAUUAGUGUGUGAUAAACACUAUCAUGUUUCAUCUGGAAAGUAUCUGCUGUGUUUUAAUGGCCACUGGAUCGGUUUGGGGUCAUGUGAGCCAGAUUACAUACUUAAAUAUGGUAAUGAAGAUCUCUAUACUGUCUGGGGAAUUCCUUAUAUCUGGAAUGGUAUUGACUUUGAAGAAGUUUCAUUUAGUCAUAACGUACGUGGAAACUUAUACUGCACAUUGAGAGGAUUAGAAUUCCUAAAAGUUAGUGAUGGAUAUGGCACAGUCACAGUUUACUGCAGGAAAAUACGACUUAUUAAGAUAUUCAUAUCAGACUAUGAAGGCAUUCUUCAAGUAAACAUUGAUGGAGAAUGGAAGGAUGCAUGCACUGAACGAUCCCACAAAGAAGCUGCACAUAUAUGCAGAAAAUUAUUCCCAGGGACUGACUGGACGUCCUCACUUAUUUACAAUGGGUAUCAGUUUCACACUGAGUAUGCUUACAGCUGUAAUAGUGGUUGUCGUUUUCGGAAAACAAGUAAAAUGUGCAACAUGGCACUGCGAUGUAGAAAUAAAUGUGAUGCACCUGUAAUUCCAAAUGGCUAUGCAGAAUGCGAAUCCACGUAUGAAGGACAGUAUUGUUCAAUAAGAUGCAAACGAUUAUAUGUUCUGGAAGGUGAAUCACAUAUCCAAUGCACUCCUUCUGGAUGGAGUUCAUAUCCAUACUGCAUUGAAUCUGGACAAUGUGGAUAUGAUUAUGAGACUGGGCCUCACUUCAUUGCCUGUCUGCAGAAACUGUGGGAAGAAGCUGGGUGUGAUCUUAGAGCUGACAAGGCACCUCCAAAAUACAGAGACUGGGUUGACAUGUGGAAUGAGAUGACAGUAAAGGAAGUUAAAGAACAUAUGGAAAGCCUUCCUGUUAACAGGAAUGAUCUAUUUCACUAUAAUCCUGACUGUGAGGUGGAUGAGGAAUGCUUUCCAGCAGAGGCCAUGGUACUUGUUGAAAAUGGAACCAGAAGACCCAUGAGAGACCUGCAGCUUGGCGAUAAGGUGCUGGCAGUUACUCCAACUGGUGAACUUACCUUCAGUGAAAUUAUCAUGUGGUUGGACAGAAGGACUGAUGCAUUUGAAAGGUAUCUAAUCGUACAGGUUGAGAAUGACAAUGCUACCUUGUAUAUUUCACCUGAUCAUGUCCUUUUCCUCUCCCCUCAUAAUUCAUCAUUUUUAUCAGAGAGGGUACCCGUGUUCGCUAAAGAUGUUCGCCCUGGACAUCUGCUGUACAUCUAUGACUCCAGUCUGCACAUUCUCCAACCAAAACGAGUGAAGAGCAUUUAUGAAGCUAAAAGCAUGGGCGCUUAUGCCCCACUAACUAUGGUGGGGACACUUGUAGUAGAUGAUAUUGCAGUAUCCUCAUACGCCCAGAACUGUGACCAGCAGCUGGCCCAUCUCUCAUUUGCCCCAUACAGAUUCUACCACAUGAUUCAAAGAUACCUUGCUUCUGUGUUCCCUCUACUCACCGAGAUGGAGUCUCGGAUGCAAUAUCAGAAUGAGGAAGGAAUUCACUGGUAUGCUAAGGCCUUGUAUCAGGCUGGCUUAUGGUGGGGAUAUCCAUUUGGUGAAACCUGCAACCGCCAUGAACUGAAUAUCUAUAAUUAUUAAGGAGGCAACAACAAUUUUAAAUAUUUGUAGUGAAUAGCUUUAAUGUCUGCUUUUGUAAAAAUCUUUCAUUAUUUUAUUUGCUUGUAUUAAGUUAUAACCUUAUCUCAGUCACAGAGCUUGCAUGGAGUUCCUAUGUAAAACUACCAUUUUUGUAUAAAAUUAUUUCUUGAACUGACCACUAGACUAAACAUGGGUUUAUCAGUGACAUGUAGAUUGCAGACAUGGCUUUUGUUUUCUAGUUGGAACUGGUCAGCAAUGAGGCAAUAACCUCUCCCCUGUAGGGACCAAAAGAUUAUUAGUACUAUCUCAGUGAUUCCACAUAAAAAGCAAAGUCAACUCCAGAAAAGUGAAAAUUUUGAAAAAAAGACCCCCCUCCCACAGACCACAAUAUAAUUAUUAUACCAUCCAGGCAUUGAUUAUUUCCCCUUUGAUGCAUCAUCAGAAAAGAAGGAGGGGUAUACAGUACCUCAUUAGAGGAGCCAAACUGGACUGACACAUUGAGCACAUAAAACUGAACAGCAUGACAUUUGACUUGAGGGUCCAUCACCAGGAGGGCAGACAUUAGGAGAAUAUUGGAUAAGAGGGUAGGAAGCCUAUCUGACACUCUGCCUAUAAGGGAAUCUGGGGGAGGGGUUAUUUUGAUCAGAUAAGUGAGGCAGACCAUUAGUAUCCUUUGAAACUCUGGCCUACUUGUAGUAAAAAAAAAAGCAACAGAGCAAAAGGAUGACAAAUGAAAAUUGUGAAAAAGUGUGCUAAUAGAACAGCUAUAGGUAGGAAAUUAAUGUUGUUCAAAUUAUAUAAACUGAGAAGUGGAAGAAAACCUGCAAAAAGAAGGGUGCUAGAUGUGACUAUUCAUCUAGGACCAAUGAGCUGGCUGGAGCAAGCUAAAAGCAAUAUGUGCAUGACAGCAACUCUGUGUGUGU